AUGAUCUCUAAGUUGCCUAAAAGUUCUCUGCCGUAUUACAAACAACUGCUUGCUUUUGAUGAAUACCUUUCCCAUAAUUGUACAUUUGACCUGAAGAAAGGGGAAGUGAUCGGCGAUCCAGAUCUUUUUUGGGAGAGCGUUUAUAAGGUGAUGCCUCUUUAUGAAAAGCUUUCGACUACGGGCGAGAUUGAUGACCAACGAAUGGAUUCUCUCAUAUCAAUGCUCAGAAAUGGAUUGAGAAUGUAUCGUUUUGAACUUUCGAAACAAAAGAAGAACUUUGAUAAGGACUCGUCGCACUCUCUGAAAAAUCACAAGUUUCAUCUAUCAAAUUCUCUGAAGCAAUUGACGGAUGAAAUUUUAAGAAACCCCACAAUAGGAGUAAGUGCCGCAGGAGUUGCAAACUUGUUCAAAGCCUACAAGGACUUGGAGUUUGUUGAUGAAGCGGUCAAUUUUUGGGAAAAAGGAAAGGAAAUUCCCAGACUAAAACCUGUUUUCAACUCGGAAACUGUCUUAGGAAGUGUGAUUCAGUUCCUAGUUGACACCGGAGAUUUUGAUCUUUCAGAAGUUGACCAGAUCUAUGAUCAAAUAAAGAAGGGAAAAUCAAAAAUAAUUGAAGAAGAGCCAGAAGUCCACUCAGAGUUGAUGAUUGGAAUGAUCAAAGCUUAUCUGGCAAAGGGAGACAACGAAAGAGCUGGUAAUCUAUUUAAGCAAAUCACAACAGAUGUCUGUAAGGAAUAUGAGGAACUUGCGAUGGAUGUUCCUCCAAAUGUGCUGAGUUACAUGACUAAGGCCCAUUUUGCAUUUGUUUGUUACUCAACAGACACUAAUACUGCCGAUAUGUUCUUUGAAAGUGCAGCCAAAGGCCAGCUACCCUACCCUACGCCACUCUUGUUAAGUUUCAUCAAGCCCUACAUGCUCAACUCCUGGGUCGCAGACGGUAGUCUUACAAAAGUUCGCUACAUUUGGGAAAAGACAUGGUUAUUCAAUGAGAAAGCGAAAAGAUCAAACUCCUCAAUUUCUUCUUCUUUGAAUGAUCUAUUUUUCAAGAUUUUUUUUGCGAAAUACCCUAAAUGUGAUGCCGAAGGAGUUCAAACAUUGAAAAAUGUGAUUAAGAGCUAUUCUAACAUAAGAGCAAUGGACGAGCCAUUUUUCAAUUGUUUGCUUGUUAAUUCCUCCGUCUGGGCAAAUACCAAGGUCUUCAAAACUAUAUUAAAGGCUGCUGAUCUAUACAACUUUCAGAAAACAAAUGUCUUCUACCGCUGUUGCCUAAAAUCUUCCGGAGCAGUCAACCUACAGGUGUCUGAGGUUCAUGGUCUUGUUGAAAGCUUGUUGAAUUCCAAUGUGGCAUUGGGAUACAAAAAAAUUGCCAAUGCUGACUGGUUGGCUAUACGAGAUGCCACUAUAAAUUCCGAAAAUCCUACAAACCAAAAGAUUGAUUAUUAUUUCAAAUUGUGGAAAGUCUGUUCACCUUACUUUGCUGAAGUUUCCAAUUACAGUUCAUAUCAGCGCGCUGAUAUCAAGCUGAACAAAGCCUACGCCUAUAUCUACAAAAAUAUUAGGGAGAUUGACGCAAGUGAAAUACAACUUCCACAAUUGGAUUUCUUUACCAAAGAUGAAUCUCUGGAACAGCGAGUUUCUUAA